AUGUAUAUCCGCGAGUACGAAGGCUACGCCGAGUCGGGCCACGACCUGCUCUCCAACAGUAACCUCUACCCCAGCUGCCAGCCGCCCGCCGCGCAUUGCUCGGACGUGAACCACCAGCCCGCGCGCGCCCAAAGCGUCACAGCCCUCAGCAGCCCUCCACACCCCACGCCGACGCUGGCCGGGGGCAGACCGGCAACACAGGAGGCGUUCUCGGACGACAUCACGCGCUUCGGGCGGCGUAACUUCAUCGGGUUCGUCGUUCUGGGCGUGCUCGUGUUCGUCGGGCUCGUCCUGUGGAUGACGUUCGGGAUGUGGCCGAGGAGGGCGCUGUCGAGGCUGCGGGAGAGGCUCGCUCGCAAGAGAGGAAGACGGGAGCGGGGAGGCAGCACAGACAAGGAGGGCGGCAACGGCAGUGUAACGCGAGCGCAGGAGCUCGAGCGCGACCGAUGCUCAGAGUCCGCCGCAGAGUGCAGCGAAAAGGCUCCAGAUCAAGACGAUGGCUCUAUCGUCGAGGUUCGACGACAGGCAAGCGCACACUCAGCCAAAUCGGCAGGAUCUGUAUAUUCGCUCAGCAGCGGGGCAGAGACACUGGAAGAAGGCGAGGCGGAGGCAAUAGGCCGGGCUGAGACGGUUCCGCGCGUACACUUUGCAUGA